UGUCAUAUUUCUAUUUGAAUCUGUUUUUUUCUCAUAUUUGACAUUUUUAUAUCUAUCUAUCAAUUUCUAACAAUUUCUUUUAUAUAAAUUAACAAGUGGGAUUAAGAAGUUGUUCAUGGGAUAAAUUUUUCUUGUGAACAUAAUUCCAUCCAAUAUGGCUUGGAGAAGUCAUGGGGUAAACAAUGCAGAUAUGGUUCGAAAUUUACGAGCGAAUGGGAUUAUAAAAUCAGAUGCUGUAGCGAAUGCAAUGAUGGCAGUUGAUCGAAAAAAUUACUGUCCUUAUGCUCCAUACCAUGAUUCACCUCAGUCUAUUGGAUAUUCUGCUACUAUCAGUGCACCUCAUAUGCAUGCUCAUGCAUUAGAGAGAUUAAAAAAUCAAUUGACUCCUGGUGAGAAGGCACUGGAUGUAGGCUCAGGGAGUGGCUACCUGACAGCAUGCAUGGCUGUUAUGCUGGGAGAAAGUGGAAGAGUAGUGGGCAUUGAACACAUACCAGAACUAGUAAAUUUAGCAACAAAAAAUAUAAAAAAUGAUAAUUCGAACCUACUUACAGAAAGAAUAAAAUUGAUUGUUGGUGAUGGGAGACAAGGCUAUCCUUCUGAAGCACCUUUCAAUGCAAUUCAUGUCGGAGCUGCUGCACCCAAUUUACCCCAAACUACAGAUAGUUCCACUGAUGAAAUCUACAGACAGAUGGUGCAUCACACUUUGAGCCCUUAACAUUACUAUUUGUGGGUGAGACAGUGAGGGCAAGCAAAUUAUGGGGGCACAUCACCCUCACACUGUGUUGUAUAUGAGAUGUUAGAACAAGUUAUAGAAUUGGAAUUUGGCCUAUGUUUGUGAAGAAGCAGCAUUCAUCACUGCCCCAGACUACUUGUGCAUGUUUAGCUCUGGAUUCUUGCAGUACUUCUUCUUUACCAGAUGCCUUUCCUGUUUGUAACUUCUAGCAUGGCUUGUAAUGCAAUGCAUAGUAUAGAGUGGAUCCUGAUACAUCCAACUUGGAUGGCCAACAGAGAAAUCAGGAUGGAACCUGCGACUAUAAGGAGUCAUCGAAAAUAGAUUUAGGCAGGUGCCAAUCCAACAAUUAUUAUUGACCAAUUGAGAAUACAUUGUCCAAAAUGACUGUCCCUUGAAGAUAACUGAAACAAAUGAUACAAAUAUGCCAGAAAGAGGUAGCAUACUGUGAAAUAGACAAGCGAAAGUAUAAUAGAAAUGUAAAAAGUGUAUAACUUAAUUAUAACAGCAUCAGCACUAUUGAUUGAUGUUCAGUGUUACCACAAUUUAUAUUUUUACCCACUAUACAAUUUGUUCAUAAUAUAUUUUGUU